AUGGAUGCAGUUCCAGGCAGAAAGGCACCCAUGGAAUCAGGAUCGGCUCCUGACCCCACCUACUGCCAGCCAUGCGCAGGAGAUGGCAAUAAAUUCCUUCCCGAGGCCUUCUGUCCCGUCUGCAAGGAGUUCCUGUGUUCUAACUGUGCCCGAGUACACCGGAACCAAAAGAUAACCAAAACUCACGUCCUGCAGGAAAAUAGCAAUAUGCCUUCCCCAAACCACGUUGCAGAGAGCGAAGAUGAGAAGUACACAGAAACAUGUAAACUCCAUGCUAGAGAGUUCAUAAAAUACUUCUGUCCCAAUCAUGAGGACCUUCUGUGUGGAGAUUGUUUGGCUGAGAAGCAAGUGCAUCGUUCUUGUAAAGUAGAAAAGAUUUCUCAAGCAGCAAAACGAUACAAAUAUGAUGUAGAAUACAUCGGUAUAAAGACUGGUCUUGUGCAGAUGGUCACUGACAUUAGCAAGCUUUCACACGACAUAAAAACGGGUAUGAAAUCAGUUGAAGAGGAAAGCCUUACCAAUAUCAAUGAGCUUCGCAAAUUCAGGACUGAAAUUAACAAGUACCUGGAUAAGAGGGAAAACGAGCUCUUGGCAGAAAUUGAUCAGAAGAAACAAACAUCCAAGAUGUUGCUAAGUGACCUGAAGUCGAAAUGCACAAACAUAAAAUCAGACUCUGAAAAACUAAAGUCUGAGCUACCAGCACAUGAAGCCAACAACAUGCAUCUGUUUGUAGUAGGAAAGCGAACUAUGAAAGAGCUGGCAGGUCUCCAGACUGCCAUGGAAGAUGUCGACAGGAAGAGGAAAGUUCCCCGGUGCAAGUUUCACAGGGACCCUGCAACUGAGCAGUUGCUAGCUUUUAAAAACGCAAUAGGAAGGUUGGAAGAGGGUAAAUCAACUUCGGCAUUAUGGCAGCAACAUCGACAGCAGGAGAUGAAGCAGCAACAACACAAACGUAGACUAGUUACAUCACAGAAAGGGCAGAACAACCGCAGUAUCUAUCAGCAUCUCAGCAGCCAAAACAAUGCCCUGACCGAACAGGGAACCAUAAAUGGGCUAGGGCAGAUAUCAUUUAUAUUGACCAACCUGAACCAGACAUUGACCAGCCCCCUCUCCUUCAGGAUAGACAAGAACAAUGUAGUGUUGGAGGGCGGAGGGCAGUUUGAGGAAGGGCAGGCAUAUAUGAUCCGUGAUCGUCAGGGCAACGCCAGGAAAAUGAUCUGGACCAAGGGAGAUUUCAUGCCAUUGCAGGAACCAGAUAAAUCCAAUUAUGUUGGUACCGAGUUUAACGUCACAGUCGGUGCCGGGUAA